AUGCGUGUGGCUGCUGGUGUUCCGCUGAGUGCGGUCGACUUGCAGGAGUUGGAUUGGAGCAGAUUCGAAGACACUGCAUCAAGGCCAGCUUUGCCCCAGCCACCCGCACAAGAGCAAGGUCAACACUGGGAUCUCCUCAUUGGCUCUGAUCUGAUUUACUCGCAGGCAGGCGUCGAACUCCUUCCGCGGGUUCUGAAGGAGUUUGCCAGACAGUGGCCGUCCGCGAUGAUGCUGUACUGCCAUACUUUACAUCGCUUUGACGACUUCGAUCUGGAGUUCUGCCGCGAACUUCGUAGACAAGGCCUUGUCUACGACGUUGUGGCCGCAGCUGGAGCAGAAAGGAAAGAAGACGCCGGAGACGAGCUGGAUCCCUUGGCAGACGACUGCGCCGGCUUCCUGCAGGAGCUUUUUCCGGAGAAGCGCAUCGUUGUCUUUCACAUCCACCUGCCGCAUCAGUUUGCAAACGACGGAUGCUUGAAGUGGUCGGCCAGUUUGGCAAGGAGUAUCCCUCCGGCACCAGACAAGAUCGAAGAGCCCAACGUUCAGGGCUGCCGAGAAGACCGAGAAGGCAAGGACAAGGACGACGUUGUUAAGGUGGGCCGGAUAAGCAUCUUCCUUCCAGUGGAGGACAGAGAGCUACCAAGCGGAGAAGACGGUGUGGUCAUCAGGCUGCGAUCCUUGGGCCCUUUCGGAUCCGGCCAGCAUCCGACCACCGCCCUGGUGUUGCAAGCGAUGCAGGACUUCGACUGGGCCAGCAUCCCGACCGUGUGCGACUACGGCUGUGGAAGCGGCGUGCUGGGUCUGGUUGCUCUUGGGCUGGGGGCGAGGCAGUGCCUCGGGGUGGACAAUGUGCCAGAUGCACUAACAGCAGCCUAUGACAACCUCAAGGCGAAUCUGCCGAGACUCAAACGCGCUGAUGGCGAUGAGCCGCGAAUGCGACUGCACUUGCCACCGGAGGAGAUGUUGGACAAGGACCUCGACUUCUACACACGGCACGGUGAUUGGCGUCACUCCAUGACGUUGCAGGGCUGGAUGCCUAUGGAAGCGAGCGAUGCAGGCUCCUUCGAUUUGGUCGUUGCAAACAUUGUGGUCGGCCCGCUAUGCCAGUCGGCACCCAUGAUAAGACGGUUGCUCCGGGCAGGUGGCCAGGUCCUUCUUGCGGGGAUGAGAGAGUUCCAGGUCAAACAAGUUGACGAGGCUUACGGCCAGGACUUUGACUUGAAGGUCAUUGACACCUUGGAUGGAUGGGCACUCGUGCAUGGCGCCCGUGCUCCACUGCCGGAGAAAGCCGUGCCACCGAAUGUUGCAGCACAUGCAGGGGUGGACACGCCCUCCACUGUGGCCGGCGAAGACAAGCAGCAACAUGAAGAGGCACUGCCAGACUCACCAUCUUCGAAAGGCCCGAAAGGUGGCAAAGGACCUGGCAAGGGGCCAGGCAAAGGACAAGCAAAAGGCGGCAAAGCGCCAGAACCCGCCAUGACAUACAAGCAGAAGCAAGAGGCAGAGCUGGCCGCCAAGGAAGAGAGCCUCACUGCCCCGAGUGGCUUUGCUGGGAAGGAGGUACUCUCCCACUGGGAAUUGCAGGUUCUCGCGGGGGCAACCGACCAAGAGGAAGGACCGUACUCUGGCCGGAAGUUCAUGCCAACACGUGGCUACUUUGCCUGCGUCAGGUGCGGUUCAGCAGCUCGGCCAAAGAGCAAAGUUGUUUAA